AUGACAAAGAGAUUGCUGGCAUUCGUUAUCGUGGCGUUGGCUCUAUCGCUUUCGUCUGUGGAUGCAGAUAAGAGUAUUGGGGCUCUCCGCAAGUUGGCUAGUAGCGAGGAGACUGAAAACCAGUAUACCGUUCCUGAACCCAAACACCACGACGGCGGCGGCGGUGGUGGUGGCGGAGGCUCCGGUGGUGGUGGAGGCGGCAGUGGUGGCGGCUCUGGUGGAGGCGGCUCUGGUGGAGGCGGCUCUGGUGGGGGCGGCAGCAGCGGUGGUGGUUCAGGAGGAGGUUCAGGAAGUUCCUCUGGCGGAGGAAGUGGUGGCAGUAGCUCUGGAGGUAGUUCAGGUGGAGGUGGCUCUGGAGGCGGUGGUAGCAGUGGAGGAGGCAGUGGAAAAAGUGGAAGUAGCAGUGGAUCUGGUGGUGGUAGUGGCUCAGGAGGAUCUGGAGGUAGCGGUGGAUCAGGCGGUAGUGGAGGUAGUGGAUCAGGCGGUAGUGGAGGUAGUGGAUCAGGAGGAUCCGACGGUAGUGGAGGAUCUGGAGGCGAUAGUGGAUCAGAUUAUGGUAGUGGCAAGGACGCCAGCACAUUUAUUCGAGGGGAAAGCGCAAAACCAGCUCGACAAGGCGCCAUUGCCAUGCUUGCAGUUGCCGCCCUUGCUGGUGCAGCAAUCGCUGCAGUCGUGAUCAAAAAGCGUAAAGUGGCAGUCAAGGCGCAUCCACUUAAGGGAGCAUUGAAUCGACGAAUUCAACUUUUCAGCAAUCUUGCCAAUCACCAUGACGAAGCAGCGCGGCCUCCAAGACGAUACGACGAAGAGAAGUUCUACAAUGCAGAGUAUGUACUGCAAGAUGAUCAAAAAUAGAGGAUGCCGAUGGUUUGGGUUGCUAUCUUAUUUUUACCCAACAAUCUUCAAACGAUCUUCUCCUUCCUUGCGUCGCAGCGUCUAUGCCCUCUUGUGACGAGUGACAUAUCCUCCAACUCGCAGCCUACAUUGUAUAGAGUAUUCAUAUUGCAUCUUCCAAACACGCUCUUCAGUCCAGGAGUCGACGCCUGCAGAUCGCCGUCAUCAACGAAAUGCUGCUUUUUGUGAAUUAUAAUCUUCUUAAAGAAUAGAAAUGGCCGGCAUCUGUCUUCUGAAUGUAUUGUACUGUACUUGCUUGUAGCUAGAGACAACACUGCUUGCGGAAACAUCCUCUAGACACCCUUUGUAUUGGCGGUGGGCGCUCUGAACCUCUUCCUCCAUGCGCUGGAUGUAGUUGGAGGUAACAAUGUCAUACCUUGCCCUCAAUACAAUCCACCCCAACUCCAAGCUCUGUCUUUGGGGCCAGCAAUGUAAGGCAAAAUGAGAUUGGAGACUGUACAACAAUCUCCCGAGGUCAUCUUCACCGCCCUUGGAGAACCCAUGAGAAUGUCACUUCCUUCGGUUGUUUGGGACUCAUUUUGUCAACCAACAAGAGUACCUGCCCAUCUGUCUACAAGAACCUCCACAAACCCAGUGUCAACAGUGGCUGAGAGGGAGAUGGGCCCACUGUUGAAAACUUGAGUGAAACCACGGAUAGUUGGUAUGAACACCUAUGAGUUCACCAACACCCUCUGCCCCUUCUGCCGCCGCUUCGAGAUUGAUCGCUCUGUUGAAGCCACCCCCACAACCCCAACGCAAUAUCGGUUUGACUUGGGUGCCUUCACCUGUGCCUUGCUUGGCACCCUCCUGCACGAUGAAACCUCAAACUUAUCCACGCUGACAUGACACAAUAUCAACAAAGCAAGGUUGGCCCUGUCUCUUCUUGAGGACCAGCUGCCCCUCGGGUAGCUCCCUGUAUGUAACCUGUUUCCACCUUGUCUCAACUCAACACCUUGUAUCAUCCUAGCAAAGACUGGGAGGGCACUGGGAGCUCCUCUAUCAACCAAGGAGAGGAGUGCUAAAGUAGUGUAGUACUAACCUAUCCUCCUGUGCUAUCAAUUCCAAGCUAGGUGCUGUGUGGCUGAGAGGAGCUACGGCAACACCCUGACAGCGCCGGUGGAGAUAAACAAACCAAAAUCUUCCCUGCCACAUGCUUGGCAUGAAGGAACAACCGCAGGGACGAACAGUUUGGAGCAUUGACAAAAGUGUUAGAGGAGUGCUUCAAAAGAGAGAGCGGACGGUGCACCAGGAAUCUGGCGGUGGUUGGACUACUAGAGCAUAAUGGUACCCGUAGACGAGUUGUUUUUGCUGGAGGACUCACGAUUCG